AUGGCUCCCGCUUUACCGUCAUCUCUCAGCCCUCAUAUCUGCAUUUUGCCGUCUCCGGACCUAGAGGAGCUAUUAGAGUCCUCGUCUUUACCCCCCUUGCCUCAAAUACUCCAGUCCUUUUCUCCAUUACCACAAGUCACCACACGGACUACGUCCCUGACAUCCAUCCCACAUACGUCUUUCGCACUUCGAUUUUCUGACUUAUCGGACAUCGAAGCGGCAUGUCGUGAGGACGAGGAGCAACGUGCAGAACGCACACUAGACUGGAUUGGCGAGCGUAUCAACAAGUCUUGUGCAAAAUGGGUAGAGGAUAUCGAAAAAACACCCGAUAAGGAUGCUAUACGGACUCCCUGGUGGGAUGAGCUACGGCGAUGUACAGAAGGAGAGCUUGUUCCUUCAAGGACAGAAGGUUGGAAUCACCCUGUUUCAAUCAUAUUAGCUGUGUCUACUACAGCACCCAAUCCACUCCAAGCCAUCACAGCCCUUCACUCGAGAAUGCUGGAUUUUCCUUCAUGGGUAGAUACUACUCAUUUCAUAUACACUCUCAUCAUACACCCCCAUAAUUCUGCGCUGUCUGACGAAGAAGCAGGAGCUUUGUUUAAUGCUGUCAAGAAACAAUACGGUCUUCAGAGUUAUCUUCUCCCUCUUUCAUUACCAUCACCUCCGCCGCCACCAGUGCCAGUACCUGCAUUGAUGCCUCGUCUUCCGCCCCCUUAUUCUACGGAAAAAUCAAAUGGCGCACCCGAUAAUUCACGCGGAGAAACUCGUGUAGCACUUAAUACUCUUAAAAUGGCAGAGCAGGAUAUCCAACAAACUGCAAAGUUCACUCGCGAAUUUGUUAUCAUGAGUCUUGUCCCAUGGAUGGAAAGAUGUGUAGUUGAAUGGAAUGAAAAUUACUCGUCAAGCCGACGUCUCCCAUCGCGUCUUUUCUCCUCUACUCGCCGCCUUUUCGGUUCAACGACAUCUUCCAAUGCAGCAUCAGCUCACUCAUCAUCACCUUCUGUUUCGUCUUUACCUAGCCGCUCACACACAUAUAGCGCCUCACAGGCAUCUAUGACAGGCUCAACCAUCAUGAAGACCCCUCCAUCUCAGCAGCGGCGAUUAGCUGAAUUUGCUACUGUAUUAGGUGAUAUCAAACUCGCCGCGAAUGUAUGGGAAUCUUUGAGGAAAGAAGGAAAAGGCGGUUCAGAUAUCCUGCCUUUGUUGUCCGCACCUUCCCCCACCGUUCCUUUGCAUGUCUCGAAUGCUCUGUCGUCACUCUUUGCGUCAAGUGUGGAACUUCCUUCACUCUCUCAGCUCCGUGCUCUUACUUAUGCCGUGCGUUGGGAGAUUGGCAUCUCACAUACUGAAUUUUCUGGUAAAAUACUAGAGGGUGAACGUUGGCUUGUUUGGGCGGCUGGUACCGCAGAAGAACCGCCAUCUGCACUUCUACUAGCACAGGCGGCGAUGUUGAGUGCGCGAAAACCUGCCAGCCGGAGGGCCGCUCUGUGGUACCUCUCUGCUGCCAAUAGACUGGAGAAAUGUGGCAUAAAACCGCUUACUAUGUAUUUUCUGCGAAAAGCGCACGAACUUUUCAAGAUGAGGCCGGAUAAAGCUCUUUCUCCGUCUUUUUGGGAAUCUGAGGGGAAAGAUUCCACAGACUAUCAUGGUUUCGAUGCGGUGAUGUCAGGCAUCGAGCAUCCGCUAGGUAGACUACUAUACACCACGGGUGAUCUUUCAAGCGCUGUGCGCUUUUUCUUGGGAUUGCUAAAGCCACAGUCAUCAUUGGGUCCUGGGACAAGCCGAUAUGAAAACGAGGAGAACAAGGCAAUUCCAAGUACUGACAAAGUCUUUUUGGAAGAUUUCCGUGUGGCUUUCGCACAUUUUAAAUCUACAUCAGGCGAGGAUGUUACACUUCCCGAAUUGAAACUACCUUUCACCCUCGCUGUCUUAAAUCAAACUAGAAUUCGAUUUCCCAGAGAUUCAGUGGGUGGAGAACAAGCCGAGUGGGACAAACGUGAGGAGACGUGGGUCGAAUUUUGGAAAUCUCGUGGUAAGGAGAAAUUGGAGAAGAGUGGGAAAGGUGCCGUUGAAGAAACAUUUUGGGUGGAUAUUGUCCUGCGUAAUCCUCUUGACGCCGAGAUCAAUAUCUCAAAUGUCACUCUAAUCGUAAAGGAAUCGCUAUCACAUGACCCGCAGUCCGCCAGCACAUUCGUCGAAGUAGAAAACAUUGAGGAAAUCACCCUUGGUGCUAGGGAGUCUCGCACGGUUCCUAUUUCUAUCAAGUCCUGCAGAGCAACAUCCCUCAUUGUCUCCCAUGUCACUUAUGAUUUUCUAUCGUUACUUCCCUCGACUGAAAGUUUAGCUCGACGAGGACGCAGAUUACAAGAUACCCCUCAGCAGAGACAAACUGUCAUGUAUGCGCCAGAUAUUCACGUGAAAGUUGAAGUGGAAGAAGCUAGCCAGAAACUUAAUGUUGUUUUCGCGGACAGUACCCCUUUAGAACUUCUGGAAGGCGAGCGUAAGCCAAUAACGAUCCAAAUGUACAAUGCGGGCAAACGGAACUUGGGAGAUAUAUGGAUGAUAACAGGUGCUGAUGAUGAGGUUUGGUUAGGCACAGCCGAAACUGCAUCCUCCACUUCCCCGACAGAUGAUAUAUCGACGGAGAUAUUCCACUCUGAUAAUAAGCUCCCUUCCUGGACACCAAUUCAUGUCGAACAGCUGGAGAACACCGAAGACAGCUCUUCUCUAGAUCCGGGAGCAUGUGCAGAGUUGAACAUCGUUCUUCACGCAGGGCCUAAUUCACAUGGGAGUCUUUCUGUACUCUUCGUCUAUCGGGAGCAAGGAGGCGAGACGUUCCAUUGCACCAGGGCUAUGCGCAACGUCGAAAUUACGCCUUUACUUAAAGCCUCCGCAACCUCGCAACCUAGCCGCUCGGACCAUUCAUUUUCACUGAAUCUUGAGCUGGAAAACGUUUCUAAUUCAAAUCCAGUGCUUGUAACUCAGGUCACGACCAUUAGCCCAGCUUGGACGUGCACGCCUAUAUCAGAAUUAUGGUCAGAACCGCUGUCUUCGCAUCAAACGGCACAUCUAUUCCUCGGUGCUAGUACAUCAAGUAAAAAGCCGCACAACGCGGAAGGCAUUACAGCCAUCGUCAACUAUGCCUCACAGAAGCUGAGCGAUGUCCUCCAAGGUCAUAGCAUUGAGCCUACGGAUCCGCCUCCUAUAGACCUUAUAUGUAGUCAUAUUUCAAAGGGCGACAUCCGUUCUGUGAACGGACCUUCGACCUGUCGUUUCAUUCGCAGUGGGCGAGGAAAUAUCAUAUCUCGAUCUUUGAAGAGAUCGUUUCCCCACAUACCAGCUCCUUCUCAUCCCCAUAUUUUUCCACUAUAUAGCCCACUUUCUGUUGACGUGAUAUUCUAUUGGGAAAUUCCAUCUCAACGGCGGUCAGGACACUUAUUCCUAUCCGAUAUCACACUUGGAGCUGGCCACGCGGCAUUACGAGAUAUUAUUCAGGAAGCGGAGAGCACCAAGGCGAAACGCAGCAUGUAUGCAGAAACGCAAAGAGAAAAACAUGAAAUUCUGGAAGCCAUUCGGGACAGCGAAUGGAAUGUAGAGACGAACCCCACUGUGAUUGCUGUCGAGAGUGGACGCACAGUGGAGCAUGAUUUUGCAAAAGGACCUUGUCAGGCACAAGUAGGAUUCACUAUCCGAAACUGUUCCUUGACGCAUUCCUCGCGUUUUCUACUGAGGUUACAACCCCGAACAGACGAGCCUUUACUGUCGUCAACUUUUCUCCCCCCUUGCUACACUGGUAGACUUACGUUUCGUGGCACCCUCAAACCAUCGACGUCCACCACUGCGCGUGCGAAGCUAUAUACCACGUGUCCAGGAAUAUAUGCCCUUGUAGGCUGGUCCUUGGAAACCGAGGUCGGCGAAGCAUGUUCUCAGGAAGAUUCUGAAUGGAAGACGAGACAUCGCUACAUGCAGCACCCACGUCCAGGCGACGAGUCUUCGAUCACUGUUUCUGAUGUUUCUGAGCCAUAG